AAGCUUAAACUUAAAAAAUAACCCCUUUUUUUCUUAUUUGUUGUCUUUGGAGUGUUAAAACAGCCUUUUUCUAUUUGGAUCAUUCACGUUGUAAAAUGGAGAGUAGUAAAACCAGCAGGGAUGCCUCCUCCUCCCCCUCCUCACCACCAGGAGAGGGUGUGCAUUGGUGGAUUCUUUCUCUGCAAUCACCUGACCAGAGUGAGGGGCAUCGUUGAUGUCGGGACCUAACAGCGAAAUAAUGCGAAGCUUUGGUGGCCAUGCAACAGGAAGCGGCGUUUGGAGUUCACGAUAAACAAGGAGGCUGUGGAUGCAGAUAACAACGACUCGCACGAGCCAUUACUGUGAUUUACAGUCCGGUUGGUGUUCUCGGUGGCGGAAUAAUAACCAGUCAUAAAGCAGGGGGAGGAGGUGUGUGUGCCGAAGGACAACAGGAGUGAAGGCUUUGAAAGAAGACUGAUAGCAAAAGGGGGGAGUGUGUAAAAGAGGGGAUUGGAUAAAGCCUGAGUCGGGAUCAUGAGCUCGGCAUUGCCGUACAACUCCCUGUCAGCACGGCCGAGUCCCAGCAGACGAGCUCUGGACUGGGAAAAUGAACAGCUAGCUGUGCGACGACUCUCCUCCCCUCAGGGUCUCAGCCUCCUCACUCCUCCACCUCUGCCUCAGCGACCCUCCGCCAUCCCUGGAUACCUGCUGACCCCCUACCCGGACCAGGAGGGCCAGCUCCACCAGCAGCAGCAGCGUCUAUCCUUGUCUGUGUGCUCCGACGCCUCCCUGGCGCCCCCUGCUCCUCCACCAUUGGGUGCUGUGCCACCCUGCUGUCGCCCAGUGGGAGUCAUGCACCUGCUGCGUCUAGGUCUCCUGGCCUUCAGCUGCGUCUUCUGGGCAGCCGGGUUGGCCAUCUUCACCCUGGGUGUGUGGGCUCAGAUCUCCCUGGCGGACUACAUGAUGUUGUCGGCCAAUCGCUACCCCAACGCCCCUCUCAUCCUCUUGUCGACAGGGGCUGCUGUCACCGCCUGGGGCUUCCUGGGAUGUCUUGGAGUGGCUGCCAACCUGCCCUGUGUGCUGAGGGCUUACGGGUUCUUUCAGCUUGCUGCCCUUGUUGCCGGUUUGGCUGCUGGACUGUCUGGCCUCUUCUACAGAGAAGACAUUGCUGGGGGAUUUCGCAGUGGCUUACAGAGAGCAGUGGCCGGAUACACAGAGGACGAAGGCCGUGCCGACGCUCUAGACAGCUUGCAAAGAGCCUUGGAGUGCUGUGGGGCAGAAGGCUGGCGCGACUGGCUCACCUCAGACUGGGCCAUCCAGCACAUGACCUUCCUUCCCUUCGAAAACGGCACCUCUGUGUCCCUGCCGGACAGCUGCUGCGUGAGGAGGAAAGGUUGCAGGAAUCGUCCACUUCUGUCGGAUGACAGUGAAGGAGUGGCGGCCGCAGGAAUCCAUCCACACGGCUGCUUUCGCAAAGUCUUCAGCUUGGUCAACGACAACGUCUUCCACAUAGCUGCCACUGUGUUGGGGUUGGCCUUCACGCAGAUUGGAGGCAUUGCUCUUGCUUGUCUUCUGGCGAACAAACUGGAACCGAGGCAGCACAGACGAGUCAUAGCACAUUAACAACCAAUCUGUAAAUGUAGACAAAGAGUUUAGAUGUAAAGCAGUGAGUGAUCCAAUGUGAGGGCAAAACCGCUGCAAAAAAGGUUAUUUAAAAUGUCUUCCCUGCAUGAGAUUUACCUUAAGGACCCACUCUGAUCAUCGUUUAAUCUAUCUUCAAAGCAUUCUCAGUGUUUUUGUCAUUACAAAAAAAGAAAAACUGUCAUUUUUUAGACAUAGUUUCCGCAGAGCGGCAGGAGUUCAUUAGAAAGUUGUGGGAAGGACUAUUGGGGCAGAGCAACCCCGCCCCCUUUUCCCCUCCCUGUUGCUGUGAGCUCGAAACAAGGAGCUUGUGGCUCACACAACAUCAAAACUGCACUCUUUUUUCAAUGGCACAUUUUUAUCUGCUUCUAAUUCACGAUUUGAAUAGAGAAAUACUCAGAAAUCCAGUUUCAAUCUUAAUUUUCUUUAUAUAUGUCCUCUAUCAUCAUCAUCAGAAAAACACAUUUUUCAUUGGAGUGCGUCUUGAAGUUGCAAAUCUUGAUGGGGUGAUAGAGGCCUCUUCUUUGCAGAAUUGACUCUUUCAGUUCAAAAACAAGUCUAGUUCAUUUUACAAAACCUGUUUAGAAUCAUUUAGAUUUAAUGUGAUUUGCAUGUGGCAUAAAGAAACGCUAUAUUGUUUCUCAGUUUUCAAAGUUAUGGCGUAAACUAUCAACAACGGUGCAAUUUUCAAUCCAAAUCUUAUCAAAACAAACAUUUUUGUACUGUAAAAAACAUGUUUAACCUCUUGAAUUUAUUUCCAGCAAUGAAAAAAAUAUAAUUCACUUAUGUUUUUGUAGUUAAGGAUGCAGCAGAAGUGGGUUAACGCAUAUUUGCAUCAAUAGACGUCAAAGGGUUAAUUUCAAACAUCCAAAAAAUUGUAGAUACUCAAAUCUAGUGAAACUCUUACCUAUUUAGGUGAAGCAUAGAAGUAUAUCCUUCUGCAGAUGUAUAAGACUCAGAAAUGUGUCUUCUUUUGUGCACAAUCCUCACAAAUUGGUUAUUUUUACAAUAUACAAAGUUGUUUUUUUUAUUUUGCAUGUGUGCAGCUUAUAACUAUGUGCAACAUUCAUACACUUUUUUUUGUUUAUUUAAUACUUUCCUAAAAAAAAAUGUAAAUAAUGGCAUUUGUUUAGAUAAUUCACUACAUGUGCUGCCUAAAAACACCAACUCUGGUUUUUGCACGUGUGCAGCAGACUGCACAGCGAUGUCCACCAGCAGUUUUCCAUUCAGGUAUUUAGUCUGGUUAUUAUCCACAUCAUGUAGUUUUCCUAUCACUAAAAAAGGGGCCUCAGUGGGUGGUCUUUACAGUAGCUCAGUCAAUCUCAGUUUGGCAAUGUGUGCAGUUUUAAAAAAAAAAGCUUUAAGGUGAAUUUCAGAAUUUCUGUUUUCCAUGUUUUAACAUAAAUCUAUGUAAUCUAGUUGUAGUGCACGACUGAGAAAAGCUGCUUGCAUGUAAAACUUUGAUGACUGAUGAUUUUUAUUUAUUUCAUUUUAAUGCUUAUUUUUAAGCAUUUUUUCUAUGCUGGAGAAAGUCUGCAUAAUAAAUCUGGCACCAGAAUUUAUUUAUAGAUAUAUUAAUUGUUGCCUUCUAUGUUUAUUUCCAUUUAAAUGUACUGAAAACAAUGGAAACGGUCAAAUUUAUCAAAACUUUCUUUAUUUCUUGCAUUUUUAGGUGUCUGUCGUGGUUAAAUACAUACAUAUAUUGCAUAGAUUGUCUAUUACUAAUGUUGUCAACAGCAUGAUUGAAACCAUAAACUAUGUAUGUCAAAUAUGAAUGAAAACUCUUUGCUUCAUUAAAGGAUAUUGAUUAGACACAUGGAAACGUCAAGGUCUGCUAAAUAUAUGUAUGAAUGGAAGCAGCCUCUUUGUAAUGCAGUGCUGAUGCGGUAUACAUGUGAACAGCUGCAUCAGAAAUAUCUAAUAAACAUCUGGUGAAGCAAUUUUCCUUAGUUUUUUUUUUUAAUACAUCCUUUACUUUGAAGAGAAAUCUGUUUUUUACCACAAAUGCGUGUUUUGAAGAUCCCCAUAUCCUGAUGUU